CGCACAGCCGGGUGGGCUGAGGGGCGGCGGCAGUCUGGGAGCCUGGGAAGUUUGGGCCGCCGCUGGCCGCGCUGCGCUCCGGAGCCAGGCUGAAGCCCGGAGAACCAGGGGGCAGGAGGACCGACUUACGGACGCCCUCGGGCACGCUGCCACCGUCUCGCGUCCUCUUCCCUGGAAAAGUGUUUAAGCUUUAAAAAUGUCAUCCAUCAAACACCUAGUUUAUGCAGUUAUUCGUUUCUUACGGGAACAAAGUCAGAUGGAUGCUUAUACUUCAGAUGAGCAAGAAAGUUUGGAAGUUGCAAUUCAGUGCUUGGAGACAGUUUUUAAAAUCAGCGCAGAAGAUACACAUCUAGCAGUUUCACAGCCUUUGACAGAAAUGUUCACAAAUUCCUUCUGUAAGAAUGACAUUCUGCCUCUCUCAAACUCAGUGCCUGAAGAUGUGGGAAAAGCUGACCAAUUAAAAGAUGAAGGCAAUAACCACAUGAAGGAAGAAAAUUAUGCUGCCGCAGUGGAUUGCUACACACAGGCGAUAGAAUUGGAUUCAAAUAAUGCAGUUUAUUAUUGUAACAGGGCUGCUGCUCAGAGUAAAUUAGGUCACUACACAGAUGCAAUAAAGGAUUGUGAAAAAGCAAUAGCAAUUGAUUCAAAGUACAGCAAGGCCUACGGGAGAAUGGGGACAGUCGAGGUUGUCACCAAGCAGAACGGAGAGAAUCCAGACUUACAGGAUCUUGGAGUUAGAAGGCUGGCCCUCACUGCUAUGAAUAAAUUUGAAGAAGCAGUUACAAGUUAUCAGAAAGCAUUAGCUCUUGAUCCUGAAAAUGAUUCCUAUAAGUCAAAUCUGAAAAUAGCAGAACAGAAGUUAAGAGAGGUAUCUAGUCCUACAGGAACUGGAUUGAGUUUUGACAUGGCUAGCUUAAUAAAUAAUCCAGCAUUCAUUAGUAUGGCAGCAAGUUUAAUGCAGAAUCCUCAAGUUCAACAGCUAAUGUCAGGAAUGAUGACAAAUGCUAUUGGGGGACCUGCUGCUGGAGUUGGGGGCCUGACUGACUUGUCUAGCCUCAUCCAAGCGGGACAGCAGUUUGCUCAGCAGAUACAGCAACAGAAUCCUGAACUUAUAGAGCAACUUAGAAAUCACAUCCGGAGCAGGUCAUUCAGCAGCAGCACUGAGGAACAUUCCUGACUUGACCAGAGCCCCUGGUCUAGAAUGCAAGUGGUGAUGGCUCUGAAGUGUUUGCUGUAGAUAGUGGCCAAAACAAAAACAAACCUAAAAAAUAAAUCUGUGUAGACAAUAGGUUUAUCACAAACAGACUUGAACAUAACAUGAUUCCUUUGUAAAUGAGUGAUCAUCAGUAGCCUUGUUAAGUGUUGGUAUAGCACUUAACUGGAGAGGGUUCCAUUUUCAAAUUUUCAUCAUAUUUGUAUACUCGACUUAAUAGCAGAGUAUAUUUAUUGAACAGUAGGGCUGUUUACUGGUGAGUUCUCCAGCACCAAACUCCUGUCAGCAAACUUUCUGAAAUGGGAGAUGCCUAGGAGGAAAGGUUUCUUACGCUGAUUUAGGGGAAUUAUAUUUGCCACUGAGCAGCAUCUCUGGAGAGAAGUUCAUUACUGGGUUUAGCUUUGAUAGUGCAAUCCGUAAUGAACAGAUAUGAUAGGGGCCAGUACUAUCUUUAAUGUUGCUUAUUCUGUUGGGUGACAAAACCUUAAGCGUUGCUGGAAAGCAGUAUUCACUGUUGUUUAGGAAAGAAAAAAAUAGAUGCUGUGAAUGUAUAGAAAGUGAAUGUAGGGUGCUCAGGUGUUUUGCAUAGUUCUUAACUAAUCUUGCCUACAGUUUGGUAUUGAUAACAUUAGCAUGGCCACAUGUGCUAAGUACAUAAUAAAAUACAUUUAGAAAUCCUUAAUGGUCACUGGUUAGGUCAGUUGUGUAACUAUUCAAUUUAACUAGCACAGUUUCCCCAGUGGUGACCUUACCAUGGAAACUCUCAACUAUAUAUUUAAAUAAGCCAGUGGCUUGGCCAUUAAGUUAAGGAUUUUCUAGGUGGCAUUUAAUUAUGUGCCUGUAAACACUGAUUUUUUUAAACUCAGUAAUUAUUUGAUGGGUUACAAAAAGCAUCUAUCACUAACACUGCCUGUUCAUAUUAAUCCUCUGCUAUAACUUGGCUUGGCAUGUCGCUUUUAUGCUUAACAUUAAUUUGAUGCAGCUUAAACAUAACAGGGGACGAAAUAUUUUACUGAAAAUAGAAUGCAUAUUAGUUAGUGUAGAGAAGUGGCAUUAAAACUAUUAGUGGAAUGGCUUUAACUACAGUGAUGGAUGAGACUAUUCUAAUUCCAACUGGAAUUUCUUUGGUUGAUUAUGAAAUUGGCAAGACUGGCGGACACAUAAUGGAUUUCACAAGUGUUGCAUGAGAGAACUGAAAUUGAAAUUGAAAAUGAUAUAAAAUUAAAUCAGUAAUACUGAUGGUGAUCAGGAUUUUACUAUAACUGUUCUCAAAAGGCUAAUUACUCAGUAUCUUGAAGUUUAAAAACCAACUUUCCCUUUUUUCCCUUUGUGAGAUUAGAACAGUGAUUCUAUAAUUUCACUGUAAGAGUCACCUGGGAAUUCGUUAAAAAUGCAGAUUCAGGGGCACACUUUUCAAUUUGUAUUUAGUAGUCCCUGUAAUAAGAUCUGGGAAUCACCAUUUCAAACAGUACACCAAGUGGUUCUGAUGUAGGUCCAAAGGACUCUAAUUUAAAGCAACACUAGGUUAGAGAUUUCUCCUCUUUUAGGCCAGCAAAUACCUAACUGCCUGGGUUCAGUCUACAAGGAAGAGCUCCAUGAACCUACAGUUUUGGUCAGAGAAGAGCAGGACUUUAAGGAAGCCUUCUGAAUUAAGUCUCCUCUAUUACAUGUAAAUCAACUUAAUUUUUCAUUUAGUUAAAUUCAGCUCCUGGUGUGCAGAUGUUAUACAGAAUGAAGUACUAGCCAUGAUGAUGAAAGUGAUGACUGUCAUGAAAAAAAAAAAGCAAAGUUGAUCCUUAAUUAAAAAUGUCACUCUUGGGAAUUUCCUGGAGGUCCAGUGGUUAGGGUUUGGCGCUUUCACUGCUGAGGGCCUAGGUUUGAAUGCCUGGUUGGGGAACCAAGAUCCCACAAGCCGCAUGGCCAUAAAUAAUAAUAAUAAAUAAAGUCACUCUUAUCCAGUGUUGAGUAAGAAAAGGUUCCCAGUGUAACUAUCUUGAGUGCAUUAAAAAUGCUUUCAAAUUAGUAAAAUUGGUAAGCCUCUAACUGACUAGGAAAAUAGAGAAAAUAAUAUGUAUCAACAGUAUCAGAAGUGAAAGAGAGGAUAUCACUGCAGACCCUGCAGACAUUAGAAAGAUAAUUAGAAAAUACUAUGAUCAGUUCUAGGUCCAUGUAUUUAACAACGCAGAUGAAACAGACAAAUUCCUUGUUUAAGAUACAAACUACUAAAGCUCACUGAAGAAAUAAGAUAUCAUCCAGAAAAGAAAGCUAUAGGCCCAAUUUCAGUGAUGAAUUCUACCAAACAAUACCAAUUUUACACAAUCUCUUCCAGAAAACAGAAGAGGAAACACUUCCCAACUCAUUUUAUUUUGUCAUUACUUUGACACCAAAAUUGAAGACAUUGUAAGAAAAAACACUUUAAAACAAUAUCUUGAUUCACUAAUAUCUGUAGGUAAUUAAGGUAGCCAUUCUUUUUACAUGAAGUAAUGUGAAUUGGUGUACUUAUUCCAUUUCAUCUUUCUAGUUUCUUUUCUAAUAUGCCACCCAUAAUAAAUUAAACCUAGAUAAUCUGUCCACCUACCUGGAUUUCCAUUCUAUUCAAGCCAGCUUGCUCUUUAAGUACUUUCAUCACUUUGGAAUUACUGCAUUGCACGCUAUUUCAAGACGGUUUUGUGUAGCUGUGUUGGCUACUCUUAAAAUGAUAAAGAAUGCUCCAAAUGUUAUAUUGCUUGUCUGAAACAAGAGGGCAUUAAAAAUAAAUCUUUAUACACAUUCUACUUAGGAAUGAUUGACUUCCAUUAACCACUUUUCAUUAUAGUAGCUAUAGCUGUUAUGAUGCUAUGUAAAAUUUACAAUGUCCUUUUUAUGCAAAUGACAUUUCCAUUUAAUGUACCAAAUUGUUUUUCUAGUUUUUAUAAUAUGGUUUAAACAGAUCCUUUCUAAGAUGACAUUAUCUAACCUUAAAGAAGGAACAGUAUGUGUCUAGGUUAUUGCUUAUAAAAGGAGUCUUUGUAAUUACACGGUGGAUUCCAAGUGACCAUUAUAUGUUACUUUUAAAAUUUGAAACAGAGUGAAACAGAAGGCUCAGUCACGAGAAGAUGCUUGAAAAGUUAUUGAAGUACCCAGUGCAGUGGCUAUAAAGUCUUGUUUCAUCAUUUAAUUCAUUGUACUCAUUUUGGAGGAAAGACAGACUUCAAUUUUACACUGCUUGCACUUUAUUUUGCACAGACAUUUCACUGAUUACCUCUCCAAUUUAAGGACAAAUCUCAUUCUGAAUAUAGCUUUCAUUUUGGACCAAACAAUUUGUCAUGGCAAUAAAUAAUUAUGCAUUUAAGAAAAA